UUGAUUAUAUUAUUAGUAAAGUUGCCAAUAAUCAGGAUUGACAUAGAAUAAAAGACUCAGUGAAUAUCUGAAAGUCUUCUUUCUUAUCUCUGUAUCCUGUAACCGUGGUAACAAGACUUUCUUAGGGUUGUAGAUUUUUAAGAAAGCAAAUUACGGAUGCAUUGUUGACAUAUAUUGCAGAUGGCGUAGAAUUAACCGUCAUGGUAUAAUAUGGUCUGCAGUGUGCAAGUGACUAUGUCCUCAGAUGUCCUUUUGCCUAAAACCUGUGAAGCUGCUGUCCCCUUAGCCAUGAAGUUAUUUGAUCUUUUCUACCUCAGAGGAGAGGAUUGAUGGAUACCUUACUAGUAUCAGGUGAGAGAGCGCCCUCUAGUGGAAAAUCAUCAGGGCUGACAGUGGCACAGGAAAAAAAAAAAAAAAGGCAGAGGUCAAAGAAGAAAUGUUCAAUUUAGCCCAGCAAGUUGAACUUCGUCACCUAAACCUGCUGUGACUUAGAGCCUCCUGCUGAUAUGGAAGAUGUUUAUCAGCAAGUCUGUCAUGUGGAAUUGUCAAGAAUGCACUGAGGCUUGUGCUCAGUAAAGUAUGCAAACUAAAAUCAUGAUUCCAAGGAUAUGCACCAUUCCUCAGAGCCCUGACCUGAAAGGCGUGGGAUGGGCAAGGUCAGGGAGCCAGGGAUGCAUUUUGGCAAUAAAUUUAAAAAUCGAGCAGAUGAGAUGUAUAACUCCACCCCCACUCAAGGACGUCAGAGAUAGAUAGGGUUCCAGUUGCUUCUUUAAACAGAAGAAUGCAGUUCAUUAUAUUGUUUACCUUGUAGCUAGAAAAAAAAUUACAAAUCACUUUCACCCCCUAAUUCCUGACCAUAAUAUGUGCCUGAGAUUAUAAUGCCAGAUUUUUACAAAAAAAUUUAUGCUCAGAGUUCUCCUGAGUGCAGCGGGUUAAGGAUCUGGCUUAAAACCUCAGCUGUGGUGCAGGCCACAGCUGUGGUGAGGGUUCCAUCCCUGGCCCAGAAACUUGCACAUGCCACAGGUGUGGCCAAAAAAAAAUUCAUACUCUUGGGUAAGAUGUUAUUUCUGUUGGCUCUUUAUUCCUGUUAUUAAUUAUUUGUAAAUUUGGGAGGAGACUUUAAAGAUCUUAAAAUUUUGCAGCUUAAAAUGAUUUAUUGGCUAAUGCUAAAAUCAUGUUGUGUGGGAACUAGCCCGUUGUAAAUAUGCAGUCCUAUGCACAUUCCUAAAAAAAGGUAUAUCAUUGGGGAGUUCAAUUCAUUGGUGGCUCACCGGGUUAAAAAUCCUGUUUUGUCACUACUGUGGCAGUGCAGCCAAGAGAAAAAAAGGUAUAUCAUUUCGGUUGGGGCCUCUUGCUCAUAGCUCUGUCAUUGCCCAUCAUCCAUGAGCCCCUCUCAAGGGCUCAAAAAGCAUGUUUCCAGGCAACAAUAAACUGAUUUUGAAGCUUGUGCCCUUCAAAGCCGGUGUAAGAUGCAUUACCAGCGCAGUAGAGUCAGCCAGUGAAAAUGCAAACUCAGCACCUUUUAGCUAAAACCACAAUUGCCUUUUCCAGUUUCCAGUUUGUGACACUGGAGAAUCUCCACCUGUCUGCUUGGCAAAUCUGGCUUGUCCUUUUCUGACAAAUGGUCCUAUGGAGAAAAUGGCUAUAGCAGGAGCUUGUAAAUCCUAUCUAUCCAUCCAGGGACAUCUAAGCUCUUCUAUCUUCCCUGCAGCCUGCUCAGCCUGAACUCCCACUCGAUGAGACUCACGGAGGCGCGCAGUCAUAUGCUGCACUGUGUGCCGGCUUAACUCCUUGCACGGACGUCCUGUCUCCCUAAACACCUGCAUAUGUCCUUGCGGGCAAGGCCAGUGUCUUAUGCAUCCUGGGGUCUAGUUCCUUCGUUCACUCACUCAUUCAUUCAUCCAGUAAACAGUUUUUGAGCCUAACUGGGGCCGGGUUUUACUCUCUGAGAUCUAUUGGUGAGCAAAACGAACAAGGUCUUUUUCCUGAUAGAGUCCUGCGCGCGGAGGCAGUGGGGUCAACCUUCGACUCAAACCACACCUGGACAUUUUCCACAAGGAGAGAGAAAUAUAAAUGUAUUCACUGUGAUGAAACUUACAGAGGCCAAAAGGAACAUGGUGCCCUAAGAGAAAAGCCUGGGUGGCCUCGUUUAGACUGGGGAUCAGAAAAGGCCUCCAGAGUGGUGAUGCUUAAGCUGAAAAACCAAAGACACACGGUGUGUUUCUUGUUUGAGAAAUGCCUAACCAGCUCUGAGGUCUUAUGGUCUAAGCCUCCUAACUGCAGAGGAUCUGCCUGGAUGUAUCUUCCAGGACAGCCCCAUCUUUCCCUUAUUUACCACCAGUCUGUCCAUGUGCUUCUGAUUCUGAUAGCCCAUGGAACCCCUGUCGGUGCAGGGUGCUCCCUGGUUCUGAUAGCCCAUGGAGACCCUGCCAGUCCCUAUAGUGGGCGUGAAAUAGUCGGACUUCAGUGCUACUUGCAGAGAUAGGACAAAGAAUAACAAAAGUUAUUCUUUAUGAAGUUAUUAUUAAUUUUGCAUUUUAGGGCUGCACCUGCAGCAUAUGGAGUCCCCAGGCUAGGGGUCAAACUGGAGCUACAGCUGCAGGCCAAUGCCACAGCCAUGGUGAUGCAGGAUUUGAGCCGUAUCUUCAACCUACACCACAGGUCACAGCAGUGCCAGAUCUUUAACCCACUGAGCGAGGCCAGGGUUCGAACCUGCAUUCUCAUGGAUCCUAGUUGGGCUUGUUAACUGCUGAGCCACGAAGGGAACUCCUAUGAAGUUAUUAUUUAUGAAGCAUUUUGCAGUCUAGAGAACACUCACUAGAUCUAACCAUAGCAGGGUGCUCUGAGGCUGCCGUGUUGCAAAGUAAAAACACGCGGCCUUUGGAAUUAAGCAGAUCUGAGUUUGAACCUAGCCCCGUGACCCUGAACAGAGAUUUCAUAGUCUGUUUUUUCAUCUAUAAAAUGAGGGCACACCCACUUGAAACUCACAAGGUUUCAUGAGGAUUAAUGGAAUGCAUCCAGGCACAGAGAAGGCAGUGACUAAACCCUCCCUGCAACCCCCUGCACGUCUUUCUUUCUGGAUUUGUCCUGGAGGGGACCUAGGGACACCAGGCAGGGUGAUUGUUCAGAACCUGGGAGAAAAAAUGAGGAACACACAGACAGACGCGCGGAUAAAUGGGUGGGGCUUACCGAGGAAGGGGACGAGGGGCUGUGCAUUGGGGCUCCUCAACUUAGGGGAGUUUGAGCACAAGAAAGAGUCCGUUCUAGGUCCCCAGGGGGAGGGGUGUGAGCAGUACAGGAGGUAAGUCUCCCUCAAGAGACCCAGAGGUGCCUGCAUGGGUGGGAUGGGCCUUGGGAGGGCUGCAGGUUAGGGCACAUGGAGAAGGCAGAAAAGCUGUGGGAGGAGGCACUUACCUUGGUUAGGACGCGUGGCUUAUCUGCACAUGUUAUAUGUGAUUAUAAUCAAGUUCCUGUUAAUCCCUUACAGAUAAGUACCGAUACUUCCAGCUUGAGAAAGGCAGAUCCCAAAGGUCGGAGUGCACUGUUGGCUGACAUCCAGCAAGGAACUCGGCUACGAAAAGUCACGCAGAUCAAUGACCGCAGUGCCCCACAAAUUGAGAGCGCUAAAGGAACAAACAAAGAAGGAGGGGGUCCUGCAAACUCUCGAGGCGGGAGCACACCCCCAGCCCUGGGCGAUCUGUUCGCGGGGGGCUUUCCAGUGCUGCGACCCGCAGGCCAGAGGGAUGCAGCAGGUGGCAAGACAGGGCAGGGCCCUGGCUCCCGAGCGCCUUCUCCCCGGCUUCCCAUCAAAACUGUCAGCGGCCCGCUCAACCCCCCUGCCUCUCCCCGGCUAGGCCAUGCCCCCGAAGCACAAGGCGGGGCCAAGACAGUCCCUCCUCGCCCGAGCAUGCCCGCCCCGCCCCCUCCCACCCCGCCUCCACCUCCCCCGCCCUCCCCACCCCUGCCCCCGUCCUCCCCCAUCAAAGCUGCGCUGGUGUCCCCACCUGGCCCACCCACCAAAGGGAGCCCCUCCGUGGUUCCACCCCCAGUGGCUGCACCCCCGCUGCCCUGUGCACCUCCCCCUCCACCCCCGCCGCCCCCGCCAACUCCACCCCCGCCCCCGCCGGCCUUGGUUCUCAGUGACAAGGCAGUGAAGCCUCAGCUAGCGCCCUUGCUCCUACCGCCCAUCCCACCCCCGCUCCCUCUCCUCCCACCUUGUGGGUAUCCCGGGCUCAACGCGGAUGCAGGCAGCCCCGCCCAAGAUGUUCGGGAGCCUCCUGCCCCGCCGCCCCCGCCACCCCCGCCACCCCCACUUCCCCUUUACGCCUCAUGCACCCCUAGGUCCUCUUUGCCUGCGCCCCCUUUGCCAGGCGCUAACAACAGCGGUGAAGCCCCACCCCCGCUGCCUCCCAAGUCCCCCAGCUUCCAGGCCCAGCCAGCGAAGCCCAGUGCAAGCCCUGCGGGAUCGGGAUCGCAGACAUUCCUGCAGAAGAAGAGGCCCGGCCGCGGCCCCGGGACCAGUGGGGGAAAGCUAAACCCACCCCCAGCACCCCCUGCGAGAUCACCCACCACAGAGCUUUCAAGCAGGAGCCAGCAGGCCCCAGCCUGGACCCCGGCCCCGCUGCCCGGAGGUCAGCUGCGGAACGGAAGCCUGCACAUCACUGAUGACUUUGAAUCUAAAUUCACGUUCCAUUCUAUGGAAGACUUUCCUCCGCCGGACGAGUAUAAGCCAUGCCAGAAGACUUACCCCAGCAAGAUCCCCAGAAGCCGGACGCCGGGGCCCUGGCUGCACGCCGAGGUGGCCGGGCAGAGCUGCGACGACAUCAAAGGCAGAAACGCGCAGAUCUCUCUAAAGACACUGCGGUGAGAAGACAGAUGAAGCCAACAUCCUGUGAGCCACCUGGGGGUCCACAUGGCGGGGCGGGUGUCCCCAGAGGCCAUCGGACCUCACCUUUCCCAGGCUGUAAUUCAGCUCUCACAGAGGCUCAGUAUGGAGCAUCAUUCAUUGUAAAUACGCGGUUCGCACAGGCUUUAAAUCAGUAUUAUAGCCGACUUUUAGUUGAGUAAUUUAAAACACACACACAUCACCUCUCCAUUUUUUUAAAUGCAUCUUAGCAUUCAUCUGUCAACACAGAUGAAAACCCUGUCCCCACCGCAUGGAGUCCAUUCCAUGGCUGUAAAUAAGCACCCAGGCUGGCCCUCCCUAGAUGCGGAACUGUUUUUAGAAGAUCCGUAGUUUCCCAAAGACCUGGUAUCCACCACGGCUUCUUACUAGCAUGAAUUUACAUCCUCAUCACACAGACUGCAAAAUCCCACCAGGUGAUGCCUUACGGUGACACAGCUCGCCGAGAGUGGUGUGACAGUGCCACACGGCCUCCGGUGAAGGAGAUGCCCCGUCUCACCUCCGUCUUGCUGUCCAGGGCUGCUUCUGCUGCCUAAUAUAAAUACAACACAAAGCAAAGGCAAGGCCCACCCCAGGGCCCCUUUGGAGCCGAAAGAUCUUACAAGUAGCCAACGCUCUGACUGUUUACAGUGCCCCUUGUGCCCCAGCCUCCGCAACUCUCCUCCUGUCCCUCCCAAGUCCCCAGUGCCCCCUGGCAGCCAGGGUGAGGGGGGCUGCAGGAGAUGUCAGUAUUUGCCCCGCAAGUGAGAAACCUAUGUAAGUCACUAUUAGAGGCAAUUACUUAUUUAUUGCAGAGGUCUUCCCCCUGCCCCCCACCUGCAGGGUUUUCCUGGAAACCCUGAAAUAUAUUCCGAAAUAUCUGCCAAAGCCAGCUCCCUUCUGAGCCGGAGACACCCUAGCUGGUCUGAGAGUUCCCCGGCCCCUGGGCCCCUGCGGCAGCACCUCUGCGGGGGAAGGAGCGCACGAGCUCAGGCAGCCCUGAAUGUGGAAAGGGCCACGACUAGCCCCAGCCUGUGACCUGUGACCCCUUCUCACACACCCUUUUUCUGGAAGGGGCAAAGGACCCACAGGGUGUUUCUGCUUCCUCGCUGGCUCCAGAGGUUCCCCAUUCUUAGAAGGAAAGCUGUGGCAGAGGAAGGAGAGAAAAUAGAAGGAAACAGACUGAUCCCUGGGUUGUGCUCAAAAAUAGCUGCAGAUUAAAGGAAAUCAGGGCGGGAGAGGUUGGGAAGAGCAGUGACGAAAUAAGUUUCCUUCUAAACAAUCCGCCCAUGCAACUCACAUCUCAUGGAUAUCAGGCCCGGACCAAGCCAUCUGUAAAAGGUAGACGGUUGGCAGGGUUUUGGCAAACAUGUGACCACACCCACCUAGCUGCUGUCCACGGUGGAGCUGGUGCCCUCCAACGUUGUGCUUUCUCGUUGCAGACAGAAGCAGCGAGCAAGGUCAAGUUCCCUUCCCUGGGGAGUACAUCAUGCCAAAUUGUAUCUGCUCAUCAGCUGUGGGCAUAAGCUGAUGCAUUUGAUUGGUCCUGCAAGGUUUCCAAAAGGUCAGAACUUCAUUACUAUAACACUAUCCACUCCACUUCCCUCCUGGUUAUACAAAAUAAUUACAAGGGUUUUAAUUAUCGUGAUUAGGAAGGCACCAGACCAAGGCAGUCCAUCUUCAGAGUAGACUACUUGCCUUGAUGAGAUGUUAGUUACACAUUCAUGUUCUGUGCCACGGGGAUGGAAAUUCAAAAUAAAAUCAUUCAAGGACAGAGGAAAGGAAUGAGCAGAAACCAAAAACCACAAUUAGGGAGAAAUCCCAGGAAUCUGGCAUCUCUUCCCUAGACCCAUCACUGCCUUCUUGCCCUCUCAACUCUGGUGGUGUCCACAGGACAAAGGCUUAGCCCCUGGCCCACAAUCUCCAAUGCAGAGGCAUCGAGUCACAGCGCCCCUACCAUCCUCGCAUCUCCCCGCUGGCACUGUUAUCUGUGACUCCCCUGGUGUUUCAUGUGUCUUUUCUAUUUAUUGAUGUUCCCUCUGCAGAUUCAUUUCUUUGUACCCAACAAACUUUAAUAAAUGGGAAUGCUUCCAGUCA